AAUAAACUGCAAGAAUGGCACAUAAGGCAUUUCCUAUGGAAAGUUCUUCGAAAAUCUUUGAUGAAUACUAUAUAGAUGAAGAUGUGGGCUUUGCUCUGCCAAAUCCACUGGAGGAAUUACCUUACCCUUAUGAUGCCUGGAUUUCCAUUGCUAAAAAUCUGCCUGUCCUGAUCGAGAAUGGUGAACUACGUGCAGAAGUUGAGAAGUUACCAGUGCUCAGCAUUAAUGAUCUCCAAGGACACAAGUCCCAGCGCCUUGCACACCUGGUCUUGGGGUGUAUCACCAUGGCAUAUGUGUGGAAUCGAGGUGAUGGAGAUGUCCGUAAGGUCCUGCCAAGCAAUAUUGCUAUCCCUUAUUGCAAACUCUCUGAGAAGCUGGGACUGCCUCCUAUUCUGGUUUAUGCAGACUGCGUCUUGGCAAACUGGAGGAAAAAGGAUCCCCAUGGGCCCAUGACUUAUGAAAACAUGGACAUUCUGUUUUCGUUUCCUGGUGGGGACUGCAGUAAAGGAUUCUUCCUCAUUUCUCUAUUGGUGGAAAUAGCAGCUGCUUCUGCAAUAAAAGUCAUCCCCACUAUAUACAAUGCAGUACAACAUCAGGACCAAGAAACUUUGCAAAAAGCACUGCAUGUUAUUGCUUCUUGUCUGGACGAAGCCCUUAAAGUGUUUCACCAAAUUCGUGAUUAUGUGGAUCCAAAUCUAUUUUUCAAUGUUCUUCGCAUAUACUUGUCUGGCUGGAAAGGCAACCCCCUGCUGCCAGAGGGUCUACUGUAUGAAGGCGUCUGGGACACCCCAAAGAAAUUUGCUGGGGGUAGUGCAGCCCAAAGCAGCAUCUUUCAGUGCUUUGAUGUUCUGCUGGGUAUCGAGCAGAGUGCUGGUGAAGCAUCAGCUGCUGAAUUCCUCCAAGAAAUGAGAACAUAUAUGCCACCAGCUCACCAGAACUUUCUUCGUUCAUUAGAGUCAGGCCCCUCAGUUCGUGAGUUUGUCCGUUCAAAAGGUGAUGCUAGCCUACAGAAAACUUAUAAUGAAUGUGUGGAAGCCAUGGUCCUCCUGAGAAGCUACCAUUUGCAAGUAGUAACUGACUACAUUGUGACUCCUGCACGUCAGCAGUCUAAGAAAAACCAAAAGUCUGAAGAGCCAUCCAAACGGGAAAAUAAAGGAACUGGAGGCACUGACAUCAUGAAUUUUCUAAGGAACGUAAGAAGUACAACUGUGAAGGCCUUGAUGGUGGAAGAUUAAUGUAACCCGUGUAAGGGUACAUUUUGUCAGGACAGAGAUGUCUCUCUAUAUUAAUACUACUCAUUAUAUCAGAUGCAUAAAUUAAUAUGUAACAACUUCUUAAUAGUAUAUUAUUAAAAAUUUU